AUGGCUCUCCUUCAGUGCCUUCUCAGCACUCUGCUUGCUCUCAGCGUCACUGAGGCUUACAAGCUCGACAAGAAGUUCGACGCAUACAACUUCUUCACUUCGUUUGACUUCAUUAACACCCACGACAAGUACACUGGUGGGUGUGCCAGCUAUGUCUCUAAGGAUGAAGCCAUUUCGACGGGCCUUGCCAAAAUCAUUGGAAGCCAAACCUACCUUGGUGUCGACAACAACUCUGUCGUCGAUGUGACGCCUCAAGGUGGCCGCAAGAGCGUGCGUCUCGAGAGUCAUCACACAAUCGACAACGGCAUUAUCAUUGCAGACUUCGAGCAUCUUCCAGCGAGCGCUUGUGGCAUGUGGCCUGCUUUCUGGCUCUCGCACGACGAUGAACAUGAUGGUGACGUCUACUCUGAGAUCGACAUUGUCGAGUCCGUUUCCUACCUCCCUCGGAACGAGAUUACCCUCCUCACCAACCCAAGCCAAUGCACCAUGACAGCUCAGAGCGGCACUGGAUUUGUGUUGAGUACCAACUGCGACUACGAUACUGGAGGCUGCGGUGUCACUGCUCCUUAUGGCACGUUCGGCGAUUCCUUCAACAGGAACGGUGGCGGUGUCUGGGCUACUCAGAUCGAAGCUGGCGGUAUCAAGAUCUGGUACUUCGCAGAGUCCGCCAUUCCAGCUGACAUCAAGAGCGACAGCCCUGACCCAAGCAAAUGGGGCAUGCCUGUCAUGUGCUUCGUGCCUCAAAACUGCGACAUUGGCAACGCCUGGAAGAAGAUGAAGAUUAUCAUUAACAUCACUUUCUGUGGUGAGUCUGCUGGCGGUGCGGCUUGGAACGGCUACACCCAGUGUCGCGCAAGGACGGGUUUCGCUUCUUGCAACGACUAUGUUGCGAAGACACCCUCCGCUUUUGACGACGUGUACUUCCUGAUCAACUCGAUUAAGACCUACCACGACUAA